AUUUAUGUGUUUUACAUCUUAAAUUGUGUUUGCAAGUACAAUCAUAAUUGUUGUUACAAAGCGGAGGCAAUUAGAUACUUAAAUGUACGUUUGCAUAUACGUAAAAUUGUCAUGGACUCCCAAAAUCAUAUGGAUACGUACAACGAGCAUGCCGCAAUGAAUCCGCCUCCUACGGCUAGACCAACAGAACCAUUCCAACCAUUCUUGCGACCGGAUAUAGCGGGUGUUAACCCGGAAGAUCCCUAUGGACAAUAUCUGAGAAAUCAAGAAUCGUUUCUCUUGAACGAUAUGAAUGCUAAACAAUCAUUAGAUAUGCUAAAACAGCAAACCAGCGCACUCGAAGCAUUAGGCGGAUAUCCCUGUAUUGGCAGUACCAUACCACCACCCAACAGUAGUAGUAAUACCUAUUCCAAUGACAAUUUUGGUGCGAAAAGGAAGAAAGACACCACGGAUGCCAAUGAUGAAUUCACAGCGAAAUUAGCAAACAAUAACAUGUCUGCGGAAGAGAAAAAGACUGCAAACAUGCGUAAAAAUAUACGCGAUGUCUUUGACGAAAAUCAAUUGGACACAAAUACACUUGCAGCGCAACGCGAGGAAUCAGAGCGUUUGGCACGUGUUGCCGAACAACAGAAAAUCAUACGCGAGACUCAACGACAAGCUGCAGUAAAUAGAAGUUUUGUACGCACACAAAAUAAAGUACUUUCACUGCUUCAGAGUGGCACAACCUUUGCGAAGGUGACCAGUGAAACACCAUUUGAAGAAAUCGACACAGCCUCUACAGAGUCGGAACAAAACGCCAGUCCCCAAUCAGCAUUACCAAGUAUUGUAAGCGCCGAUGAUAAGAUUGCGAGCAAAGUCGAAUCAGAAACGGUAGAGUUGCAAAAGGACGUUGCAGCAAUUUCACCAACACCUGUCGACGAUGAAGAUGAUGAUGCUGUAAAACCCGCUGAGGAGCAAGUCAUUAGCGAUGUGGUAACUAUAGAAGAUAGUUCAUCCGAAGAUGAUUGUAUUAUGCUAUCCGAUGAUGAGGAGGAAAUGGAUGAUGAAGAAGAAGUUGAUGAUCCCAGUAAUAGUGGCUUACACGUUAAAGAUCUGUACAAUGUGGCCGAUGAACAAGGACGUAUUUUGGUUAAUAUCGGACACCCAGAGGGUGAAGAUGACAUUUUCGUAGCGCCACAAAUCGCACGUACCAUAAAACCACAUCAAAUUGGUGGCGUACGGUUUCUCUUCGAUAAUAUUAUUGAAUCAACGAAACGUUUUAAGAGUUCAAGUGGUUUCGGUUGUAUACUAUCACAUUCAAUGGGUUUGGGUAAGACACUACAAGUGAUUUGUUUCUGUGAUAUCUUCCUGCGGCAUACACCUUCGAAAACGGUCCUCUGUGUCAUGCCUAUUAAUACGCUCCAAAAUUGGGUAUCUGAAUUUAAUAUGUGGUUACCGAGAUAUUCAGAUAAUCCUGAUUAUGUGCGACCAAGGCAGUUUGACGUCUUCAUACUUAACGAUCAGCAUAAAACGUUGAGUGCCCGCGCUAAGGUUAUACUCAAGUGGGCCGAAGAAGGUGGUGUGCUGUUGAUUGGCUAUGAAUUGUUCAGAUUGCUGGCUUUGAAGCUAAUGACAACACGUAAGCGUCGUAAUGGUAAAGCGGGCACAUGUGAGCGAAGUGGCACCGAAAUGAAUAGACGUCUCAUGGAGAGUGUACAUCAGGCACUAGUUAAACCGGGUCCAGAUUUGGUAAUAUGCGAUGAAGGUCAUCGGAUUAAAAAUGCACAUGCCGGCAUAUCACUUGCGCUAAAACAAAUACGAACACGCCGUAGAAUCGUCUUGACCGGCUAUCCAUUACAAAAUAAUCUACUUGAAUAUUGGUGUAUGGUGGACUUCGUGCGUCCCAAUUAUCUGGGUACACGUAAUGAAUUUUGCAAUAUGUUCGAACGACCCAUACAGAAUGGCCAAUGUAUUGAUUCAACGCCCGAGGAUCGCAAACUGAUGCGUUAUCGUGCCCAUGUUUUGCACUCUUUGCUCUUGGGUUUCGUGCAGCGUCGUUCACAUGUUGUACUGCAACAAACACUACCGAAAAAACUGGAAUACGUUAUACUCACGCGCAUGACGACGUUUCAACGACAACUUUACGAUACGUUCAUGAAUGAUAUUGUGCGCACUAAAUCUGUUCCUAACCCACUAAAAGCGUUUGCUGUUUGUUGUAAAAUAUGGAAUCAUCCAGAUGUUUUGUAUAGUUUUUUAAAGAGAAAAGAAAUCGAUUUGGAGUUGGAAAUGGAAGAGUCCGAGACAAUUAGCGAGCCUGUAGCUGCUUCAGCAGGACCUGCAACAAUAACUACAACAACCAUACCAUCGAGUGCUACUACGUCACUUGCGGUAGGCGAUGAAGAAAAACCCACGCCCUUGGAGGAGAAACCAACAAUUGAGAGCUCUGGUGGGGGCACAAUAUGCGAAGAUGUCAAACCAAAAGAAGAUCCCAACUCAGUCGCCAAUUCACCGGCAACAGAGUGUAAACCAUUGGAACAACAAGUUGUUGGACAGAUGGAGCAACGUGACGGCCAGACUUUGGUCGCUAACAAACCGAACACAGAGUUUACCAAUUUGAUGAAGAGCUCACUCCUCUCCGACCCUUACAAUCAGCAGCAGAAUGAUGUACCAUCUUACUUGGCUGGUCAUGGCAAUAAUUACUGGCAGGAGUCUAACGUAAAUUAUUUCAAUUAUCAAUCGGUUAGCGACAACAUUGAUCCCCUAUCGAAACCGAACUACGUUGGCAUGGUACCGCAGCGUGCCGAAGAGAUCAACACCAACGAAACGCCUGAGGGUGCUGGCUCUUCGCAAAUUGUCGACUUGGAUACGAAAGAAAUCAAAACUGUUGAAACUGAUAUAGAUAUGACACUUUGCCCGGUCAUUAAAAAUGAGGCAUUAGGCGACAACAAUUCCAUAUUAGCUGGCGGUGAGGAUGGGGCUGCCGCUGCUGGCGCCGAAGCACUAAUGGAAGAUAUUAAAAAUUUUACCAGCGGCAAUGCAAUGGGAAAUGAUAAAGAUGUUGGCAAAGUGAAAGCGGAUGACACAACAAUGCAUGAUUGGGCCAUCGAUCUAAUGAAGAAAUAUCGUCCCGGCCUCGUGGAAAACUCACCAAAAAUGGAAAUAUUCUUUUGUAUACUAAAUGAAAGUGUGAGAAUGGGCGAUCGUGUGCUUUUAUUUAGUCAGAGUCUCUUGACGCUGAAUUUGAUAGAGACUUUUUUGCAAAUGACGCGCAUGCCGGACUCGGAUAUGUGUUGGCGGCGUGGUGUGUCCUACUUUCGCUUGGAUGGUUCAACUACUUCCCAAGAGCGUGAACGUCUCGUAAAUGAAUUUAAUUCAAAUACAGGCGUUAAAUUGUUCUUAAUUUCAACGAGAGCUGGUUCGUUGGGCAUCAAUCUUGUUGGUGCGAACCGUGUUAUAGUAUUCGAUGCUAGCUGGAAUCCCUGUCAUGAUACACAAGCAGUGUAUAGAAUUUAUCGUUAUGGCCAGAUCAAGCCGUGCUUUGUUUAUAGAAUUGUAAUGGAUAAGUGUUUGGAAAAGAAAAUCUACGAUAGGCAAAUUAAGAAGCAAGGCAUGUCCGAUCGAGUUGUUGACGAAUGCAAUCCCGAUGCGCAUCUCUCAAUCAGAGACAUAACCAAUCUCUGUCACGACUACGAUGAUGAUGAGAAAAGUCAAUCUGAGACGCCUGAAUUUUGUACGCCACUUGAUUCAUUCGAAGACAUCUUAAUACGAAAAAUAGUUGAACAACACAAAACUGGUUUAUCGAAGGAGCCAUUCUUCCAUGAAAGCUUGUUGAUUGAUCGCAAAGAGAAGAAACUCUCACAGGCGGAGAAAAGGCAAGCCCAUCGUGGAUAUGAAAUGGAGAAGAAGGCGAGUGUUAAACAAACCUUUAGUAUGCCUAUUAAGAAUCAAUAUCGCAUUGUGCGUAACGACGGCACUAUAGUGACACGUCCUGUUGCGUCGAUACGUCCAAUGCAAACGACUAAGACGACAACAACCACUAAGAGUGGCGGUCUACGUACAACACGUUGGAUACCGGCAGAGGUUUGGCAACGCCAAGGCAUGACGGCACAAGAGAUGACUUUACCUUUGGACGUUGUCAUACCCACGCACUCGAAUGAUAAAUCGAAUAUUAUUUUGAAAUCUGGUCAACGUGUUAUGGUAUUGAAGUCCGCUAAAGGGAUAUAUAUGCAGUUGGAGAGUGGUAAAAUCAUUGCAAUACGUACAUCUAGUAAAGCAGCUGAGGUGAAUAAGACAGAUAAAGAUGAAGUGAUCGAUAUAACAAAUGAAGCCGAUGGUACCACUGAGAAGAAAGGUGAAGACGGUAAAAUCGAAAACGCGAAUCAAAAGGAAAGCGACAAUGCGACAAAAGGAUCUCACAACAGCACUGAAACUACCGAUAAAUUAUCAGGCGGUUAUGACAAAUGUGCUGAUAGCAAUUCCAAGAAAUUGUUGGAUGCCAAAUCAGUUAAAGGCAAAGAAUUCACACAACAACAUCAAUAUAAAACAGAUAUGCAAAUGCAAAAGGACGAUAUGAAUAGUAAAUUUGAUAGUUUAAAGAAAGCUGACCCCAAAAUGAGUCAGCAAAAUAUUGAAAAAGUAUAUGCAUCACACACAAACGAUAAUACCACCAAACAGGAGUUUACAAAUAUGGCGAGGAGUAGCCAAAAGCUGCUCGCACCAAAGCCGCCUCAUCAGCACCAAAUUGAUGAAAGCUUAGCUUUAAGAAAAAAUGAGAGCAAUCAACUUCACCCACAACAGCAACAAAUGGUACAACAACAUGAACAGGAAAAACAACAUCAAGAGAAAAAGGAAUUGCUGUAUCCAACAAAGCAUGGCCACGACAAGAACAACCCACCACAAAAUACCAUACUCAAUCAGCAAAAAUGUCUACCACAAUAUCCUAAUAAACCUAUGGUGGAUCCAGCACCAUAUUCUUACAAACAAAUGGGCACAUAUCCAUUUUGUGGUCUAACACCGCCGGAUCUGUCGAAAUAUACGAAUCAAAGAGCCGACAUAAUGACAUCGACUGAGUCAUAUCAGACAUGCAAUUACAAUAAAAGAAAACUACAAAAAGAGAUGCCAAUACCAACUGAUUAUACGCCUUCACCCACAUCUUCAUCAUCAUCAGCAUCGGCAGCAUCCGCUGCAGCAGUGGCAGCGGCGGCAGCAGCAGCAGCCGCAGCAGCAGCAGCAUCGUCAUCAUCAUUAUCCUCAUUAUCUUCAUUGUCGUCAUCUUCUACAUCGUCCACAUCACAACAAAGCCAAUCGUUGAAACACACACACAGUCAUUUAAAUGCACCUGCUGCUGCACACCAAUCACCAUACACACAAUCGCCCUAUUCAUCGUUAUUCCAUCAACAACAACAAUCAAAACUACACCUAUACGGCUCCAAUUAUAAUUUAGAUAAUGAACAUUAUAGUAAUUUAGCGCAAACAUCUCAUAGCACCCAACAAAGUUUAAAUCAAAAUCAUAGUCUUAUCGCCGAUACAUUCGGUGGCGGUGGCGGUGGUGGUGGUAGUGGCGGUGGUGUACAAGAGAAUAGCAGCACAAGCCUUAUGCAUGCCGGCGGACAAAAUGUAUCAUCAGCAGCUGCGGCGGCGGCGGCAGCAUGUGAUUAUUCAACACAUUUUCCAGAUUAUGCCGCCUACAGUUCAUAUAAUCCACAUCCACACUACUUUCCGCAUUUUGCCAAUUCAUAUGGCAAUGGUUCAACAGCACCGAUUGCCACCAAUCCAUACCACCAAAUGCAUUGGUCACCGUUGAUAGCGCCAACCACAAUAAAUGAGCAAUGUAAUCCUGUACACUCGUCCGUUUAUCCUCAAAAUGGUGCUCAGCAUAAUCAAUGGCAUCACAAAUUAUAAAUAUUGUAGUUAUGUAAGAUGAAAGAAUUAUCAGCAUACAGCCGCAGAAAGGUUUUAAAUUAAUUAAUUUAAUUGCAUGGUAUUAUCGUAAAUUUGAAAUAUAGAAUUAAACUAAAA